AUGUUGCAGACGAAGAAGACAGAGAAGAGGAAGCAGAAGAAGAACAGAGGGGGCGGUCAACCGUUAUGUGGAUGUAAUCUCACUGCUCAGUCUUGUAGGAGUUUAUCAUCAGUUUUACAAUCCUCAAACUCUGUCCUGAGAGAGCUGGACCUGAGUAACAAUGACGUGAGGGAUUCUGGAGUGAAGCUUCUUACUGAUGGACUGAAGAGUCCAAACUGUCAGCUGGAGAUUCUGAGAUUGUCUGGCUGUAUGGUCACAGAGAAAGGCUGUCGUUAUGUGUCUUCAGCCCUGAGUUUAAACCCCUCACACCUGAGAGAGCUGGAUCUGAGCUACAAUCACCCAGGAGAUUCAGAAGUCAAACUACUCACUGAAAAACUGUUGGAUUCAACCUGCUCACUGGACAAACUCAAGUAUGUCUACCAGGAAGAUUUUAGACUUUUCUAUGUCAGCUCCUCAGUGACUAUGUGCUACAUAUAUACUGUACACAUAUACUCAUAUUUACAUAUUAUACGUAUAUACACACACAUACACACACAUUUAUAUACUGUGUGGAAAUCUUAGGCUACUAGUAUUUUCACCAGCUAAAAAUAUGG